UGUAACCUAUCCAGCUGAUUAAAGAGCAAUAGAUCUGAUUGGCUGCUGAAGCACCUUUGACAGUGUCAAAUUCAGUUAAAUUUCAAAUGACACAGUGGAUUUUACAAUAGAAUAUCAGCAGUAAAUAAUGGGGUCAGGAAGGAACAAUCAUUCUGCCCUCUGCAUUGCUGUGGCUGUUUUACUAGUAUGUUGUUUAGUGCAGCCCUCGGCCUGCCUUCGACUGAAGAAACGUCAGAUACAAGUGAAAAAGAGAGAUGCUAAUUUUGCUACCACAGCUGGAGUCCAAGAAGGAAAAAUUGUGUUUGGGAAAGUAUUGGAGGUUCCAGUGGGAAACCAAAAGUCCUCAUCAAAUGACUCAGUGGAUGACACUUCUGAUUAUCAGGCAGACUUCCCUGGCUGGUCCCAACCAAUGGACAUGAAUGAAGCAUCGAUGAAGAAAUGGAACAGUUUAGGAACUUCUCUACACUGUUUUGGGGACCACAUGAAGUUCAGAUAUCUUGGCCCAGGGGCUUCUCAAUUCUCUGUUAUGCAAGCAAAUGGGCAUCCGAUACCACUGUCCAUGCUCCCUUCAAGAUGUGGCUUUAGAAUGCAUGGAAACUCGAUGGCUUUUGUUAUGAUUGCUCCAUAUCAAGGUUGCAACAUGAUUCAACAGGGGGAAAAUGUUAUGCUACCUCUACUCUGGCAAGGCAAUCCCCUGUCCCUGCUGUGUCCCAAACAUAUAAGUGCGGGUGUGCAGCUCCCCCAGCAGGGUGUGCAGCUCCCCCAGCAGGGUGUGCAGCUCCCCCAGCAGGGUGUGCAGCUCCCCCAGCAGGGUGUGCAGCUCCCCCAGCAGGGUGUGCAGCCCCUUCAGCAAUCAUACUUUGGCUAUUCAUAUAUCUCGCCAGCACUGGCAGGACCUACAAAACCUGCACCAAUUCCACGACCCCAAACUACCAUCCCUCCACCUGCUUUGGCACCAAAAGUCCCAAAUCCCCAUACUGCCAUUUUUCAGAAUUUUCCCUUAUGGAACUUGCCUCAGUUUCGGGAGCUCCAAGCCUUGCCUUAUCCUAUUGGAAUGGAUCCAAAGCAUCAAACUUCCCAACCAAGGGCAACAGAAAUUCCUUCUACAACUACAGCACCGACAAGUCCCCAGCCAACACAAACUGUUCCCCAAAUGCCUAACCCAAAGCAAUCGGCAGUUCCGCCACAAGGUCCCCAAGUGCUGCCAAUGGAUUUCAGCCAAGUCUUUGACUUUCACAACUUUCUUCAAGCAGCAUCUGAAGCAGCAAAACCUGUACCAUACUUCCCCUCUUACCCAACAACUGCUCCUCCUUCGACUGCUGUGCAAAGACCUCCAUAUCCCCAUGUCCCAUUUGACCCAAAUUUCCCCUGGCCAUACCCUGUUCAGUUUCCUGCAUUUCAUCCCAUCUUUGCUUAUCCUCCGGAAGGAUUUCCUAGCUAUCCAGUGCCAGAACAAAAUCCUGCAACAUCUAAAUGUUCAACUACCCAGGCUGCUUCUGAUUCUCUUCAGUGGAAUCCUAUGCCGUAUGUACCUUUAAUACCAAAUGAACAAGAUUUUCUGCAAAUGCUUUAUUCUUCCCAAGGUCAGGUUUGAAGAGUUGAAUAAAAAAUUG